AUGAGGCCCCUGUUUGUCCAUCGAGAAUCCAUAUCUACGUCGGCCUCGGCCGGCGCCAAGCGUCAAGGCUCAACCUCUACGUCGGUUGCCGAGGAUGGCGAGGGGGGUCUACUGAGAGCAUCGCCGGUGGCGUCACGUGUCGCAUGCAUCGUCGCAGUAUCCAAAGAGGAUGUUCGAUGGUACAGAGUCGUAUUGGCCAGCAUUGAGAGUCGCGACGAGAUCCAGGUGACCUUGAUGGACAUGCAAACGGCGGGGUACCGCGAGGCUGAAAGGAGACAACAGAGGAUCAAGCCUACCUGGUCGGUUCAUGGUGAAGGAUCUUCGCGGUAA